UUUAGGUAUUAUUGUUAAAUGUUGUGGAAAAUAGUCGGGUGGGGGGUGUAUCGAGUAAGUUAGAAACAACAGGGUAUACCUUGGUUGAAGAGGAGACUGCAAUGCAACAGAAGAAAACUGAAAAACUUUUCAAUUUGCCGCUGGAUUCUGUCAACAACGAUUGUUGGUAGUUAUAUACAUCUUUGAGGAAUUUGUGCUGGUUAGGGUUGUUUUCUGCUUAUACUUGAAAGGAAGAAACAUACAGUGUAGCUGCAAUGGUUGAAGAUGAUUAUCUUCCUCCUUGGUUUAGUGUGGCUCCAAUGAUGGAUUGGACAGACAAUCAUUAUAGAACUCUUGCACGUCUCAUAUCAAAACAUGCCUGGCUCUAUACGGAGAUGCUUGCGGCUGAAACAAUUGUUUAUCAAAAGGGUAAUCUGGACAGAUUCUUGGCAUAUCCUCCAGACCAACAUCCUAUUGUGCUUCAAAUCGGAGGCAGUAAUUUAGAGAAUUUGGCGAAAGCAACCAAGCUUGCUGAUGCUUACGGCUAUGAUGAGAUCAACUUCAAUUGUGGUUGCCCUAGUCCUAGAGUAGCAGGACGUGGAUGCUUUGGUGCACGUCUUAUGCUUGAACCAAAGUUUGUUGCGGAGGCUGUUUCAGUGAUUGCUGCCAAUACAAAUGUACCUGUCAGUGUCAAAUGUCGAAUCGGUGUGGAUGAUCAUGAUUCAUACAAUGAACUAUGUGAUUUCAUUUACAAGGUCUCUUCUCUAUCACCUGCUAGGCAUUUCAUAAUUCACUCAAGAAAGGCACUGCUGAAGGGCCUCAGUCCUGCUGAAAAUCGUAGUAUUCCUCCACUGAAAUAUGAAUACUUUUAUGGCCUCUUGCGCGACUUUCCUGACUUAACAUUUACAAUCAAUGGUGGUAUUACUUGUAUUGAUGAGAUCAAUGCAGCUCUAAAGACCGGUGCACAUGGUGUUAUGCUUGGACGUGCUGCCUACCAUAACCCUUGGCAUAUUUUGGGGAACGUUGAUAGAGCAAUUUAUGGUGUACCAAGUAUUGGUCUUACACGUCGUCAGGUCCUUGAGAAAUACCAAGUAUAUGGAGACUCGGUGUUGCUACAAUAUGGAUUUCGGCCAACUGUGAGAGACAUUGUGAAGCCUUUACUUGGUUUUUUCCAUUCUGAGCCUGGGAAUGGACUUUGGAAGCGCAAAGCAGAUUCUGCUGUCCAAACUUGCACGACAGUAAAAUCAUUUCUUGAAGAAACUCUUGUCGCAAUUCCAGACUCAGUCUUGGAUUCGUCAUUUGCGAAAUCACCACCUGGCCGUGGAGAUCUUUUUGCAAACAUUGACAGUUUAUUGCCUCCACCAUACAGAACAAGAGACGAGGAUGCUGUGCAAAUCCUUUAAUUAUCUGUUCUAUGAAAAUGACCUAAAAUGCAGUGCAAGUUUAUAUAGAAAGUUUAAAUAAAAAAACUAGGGGAUUACUAUUCUUUUUAGCUUUUGCUUUUACUGUUGGUUUUGGCUAAAUUUGUUAUGUUGUGCUAUCUGUUGAGAAAAAUGUUGGGUAGCUUAUAUUACUCCAUAUCAGAUAAGCCUGACCUCACUCCCAUUAGAAGGAAACAAAUAUAUUAAAGUACAAUAUUCAUUUUUUUUUGGGAAUAGAUUAAUUUUGAUGCAUUUUCGGUGUAAAACAUUUUACAUGCUCAACAAAUCUCAAACCAUCUUUUGUAUGA